CACACUGAAACCAUUAGGAAAAAUCCUUGUGGUUAACAGCAGAGGCUUCAGAGUGUAACCUGUACUCGGGCCUAGAAAUUAUUUUAAAUGGCGACUGAUACGUCUCAAGGUGAACUCGUCCAUCCUAAGGCACUCCCACUUAUAGUAGGAGCUCAGCUGAUCCACGCGGACAAGUUAGGUGAGAAGGUGGAAGAUAGCACCAUGCCGAUUCGUCGAACUGUGAAUUCUACACGAGAAACUCCUCCCAAAAGCAAGCUUGCUGAAGGGGAGGAAGAAAAGCCAGAACCAGAUAUAAGUUCAGAGGAAUCUGUCUCCACUGUAGAAGAACAAGAGAAUGAAACUCCACCUGCUACAUCUAGUGAGACAGAGCAGCCAAAGGGAGAACCUGAGAACGAAGAGAAGGAAGAGAACAAGUCUUCUGAGGAAACCAAAAAGGAUGAGAAAGAUCAGUCUAAAGAAAAGGAGAAGAAAGUGAAAAAAACAAUACCUUCCUGGGCUACCCUUUCUGCCAGCCAGCUAGCCAGGGCCCAGAAACAAACACCGAUGGCUUCCUCCCCACGUCCCAAGAUGGAUGCAAUCCUAACUGAGGCCAUUAAGGCAUGCUUCCAGAAGAGUGGUGCAUCAGUGGUUGCUAUUCGGAAAUACAUUAUCCAUAAGUACCCUUCUCUGGAGCUGGAGAGAAGGGGCUACCUCCUUAAACAAGCACUAAAAAGAGAAUUAAAUAGAGGUGUCAUCAAACAGGUAAAAGGAAAAGGUGCUUCUGGGAGUUUUGUUGUGGUCCAAAAAUCAAGAAAAACACCUCAGAAAUCCAGAAACAGAAAGCUCUGUAUCCUUGAGCCUCAGCUGUUGAAGAAUGCUCUGCAGAGAGCAGUAGAGAGAGGCCAGUUAGAACAAAUAACUGGCAAAGGUGCUUCUGGGACAUUCCAGCUGAAGAAAUCAGGGGAGAAACCCCUGCUUGGUGGAAGCCUGAUGGAAUAUGCAAUCUUGUCUGCUAUUGCUGCCAUGAAUGAGCCGAAGACCUGCUCUACCACUGCUCUGAAGAAGUAUGUCCUGGAGAACCACCCAGGGACCAAUUCUAACUAUCAAAUGCAUUUGUUGAAGAAGACUCUUCAGAAAUGCGAAAAGAAUGGAUGGAUGGAACAGAUCUCUGGCAAAGGAUUCAGUGGCACCUUCCAGCUCUGUUUUCCCUAUUACCCCAGCCCAGGAGUUCUAUUUCCAAAGAAAGAGCUAGAUGAUUCAAGAGACGAGGAUGAAGAUGAGGAGGACUCUUCAGAAGAAGACUCUGAUGACGAAGAGCCACCACCUAAAAGAAGGUUGCAGAAGAAAACCCCAGCCAAGUCUUCGGUGAAGGCCGCAUCGGUGAAGCAGAGAGGGUCCAAGCCCGCGCCCAAAGUCCCAGCUGCCCAGCGGGGGAAAGCUAGGCCCUUGUCUAAGAAAGCCCCUCCUAAGGCCAAAACUCCUGCCAAGAAAGCCAGACCCUCAUCCUCAGUCAUCAAGAAACCUAGUGGUGGCUCUUCAAAAAAGCCUGCAGCCAGUGUCAGAAAGGAAGUGAAAUUGCCCAGUAAGGGCAAAGCCAACAUGAAGAAGUCUUUCAAAGCAAAAAAGUAAAUUUUAUAGGAAAAAAAGGGUAUCAUGAUAAAAUUCAGAAUCUUAUUUUCUAAGGUCAGUGUGCAUUUGUUUUAGUUUUGAUGCUUUUAAAAUUACAUUUUUUCCCUUCCCUAUGAACAUUGUGGGGAGGGAAUAUAAAUAAACCAAUUUAGGCAUUUGUUCGCUUUAGGUGCUGUUCUUGGUGCCUACCCCUUCCCUCAGUCAUUUUAAUUUCUGCGAUAACUCCGGAUUUUCCUGAAC